AUGCCACCAAAAAUCGCUAUCAGUGACGACGAGUCUGAGGGGCAGAUAAAUGACCUUGUUUCUGAAUCAGAUGAGUUGAGUGAUGUUGUAUUGGAUGAUGACGAAGACGAUGAAGAUGUUGAAGAAGACGAAGUUGACGACUUGGCUGAGGAUUCAGAAGAAGCUUACGAGCCAGAAAUAACAGCGAGACCGCAACGUUCAGGACGCACACGUGAGACCCGAAAGCGGCAACUAGCAUUUUACGAAGAGGAUGAAGUCACGGAAAGUGAAGAUUCUACACCCCAGCAUAAAGUGUCAGUCAAAUUGAAAGUGCCUAGGCGUCGGGCCGAUGAAUUGAGUGAAACAGAAUCUGACUACAAGCAAGAUAUGCUGAGGAUGACAGAGCGGCAGCGAGCAAAAUUAUUGGAUGACGAGCUGGAAAAGUAUGAGGAACUGAUGUUUGCAAAGAUGGAUGAACAGCUCCUUAGUUUGAACCGUAAAACGGCCAAGAAGAAGGAAACAGCUGAGCAAAUGGCAUUACGUAAAGCCGAAAAUGCUCGUCGCCGGGCUCACUACAAGACGAAACAGCUCGAAGAGGAAAAACGUGAUACCUUGAAUAAGUUGUUGAAACGCCGUGCCACAAAAACGCGAGAAAAGCCGUCGGACGAAGUGCCUGAACUGAAGCGGACCCUUAAGCCUCGCAGACCGCAAGCAGCACAUCCUGCGCUCAUUCGUUGGGUAUGUAGACCCAGCCUGUCCUUGAUCGGGCUUCCCGAAUGA